GUCAAACUCUAGCGGCGACGAUAACGUUUUUUUUUUUUGUCCCACGUGCGAAACACUGGAUUUUCUUAACUAGACCGCGAUAGCCGCCAAACCUACCAGGCACCACAUAAUUUGCAUAGCGUAAUCCGUAAAUGAGCCCGGAACAAUUAGGCGAGCCUCGUUGAGAGCAGGGCGAUCGGGAUGCCGUGGGCGGGGUUCUUUGCCACUUCAGUUUGGCUCCUUUGGAAGAACAGGUGCACCACGACGUUCAAAGGGCUCUCCCCAUCCCUGACUCAUUCGAUCAUAGCCAAGGCCAAACUGUGGUAUGCAGCGUGGACAGCGCCAGACUCGGAACUGGGAAAUCAACGGCGGCAAGGGACCCGCAUCACGGCCAGCAUAGGAUGGACAUUCCCACCGGAGGGUUGGAUGACUUUGAAUGUUGAUGGGGCGUCAUGUGGAAAUCCCGUCCCGGCAGGUGCAGGAGGGCUGAUACGAGAUUCUACAGGGAGGUGGAGAGCCGGUUUCGUGGCAAACAUUGGAUCUGCGUCAGCUGCCCUAACGGAAAUUUGGGCAUUGUUCUAUGGACUCGAGCUUGCUUGGAAGGAGGGUCAUCGUGCCAUCAUCGUACAAUCUGACUCUCAGCUGGUGAUUCAACUCGUAGAAGACAGACAAGAUCCAGUGCAUCCUUAUGCAACUUUGCUUGCAGCGAUUCGUCGCCAGGUAAGUCGAGAUUGGCUGGUUCGCAUCACUCAUACGUACAGAUAAGGGAAUAGAGCCGCAGACUGGCUCUCGAAGCACAGUCUCGUCUAUCCUUUUGGUAUGUAUGAGCUUGCGGACCCGCCAACAGACUUAACCUCGAUUCUGCGUGAUGAUAUGAUGGGUAUUCGUUUCAAGCGGAGGGUUGUCUCCAGGUCUCUUACCCCAUCUUCCUAAUCCCCUUGUAAUUUUCUUGGCUUCGUCCUCCUGCUUCACGCAAAAAAAUUUAGGCGAGCCUCGUAGGGCCCAUGGCCACUUUCACGGGCCUUAACGGCGGACCCACCUAAUCAAGCGUGUACAAAAUG